AUGGCUGAAUCCUCCCGAACUAUCCCGAUCGAGCCCGCCACGCCGGUCCCCACCCUAUCCUUCGGCGUCGUCGGCAUAGGGCGCAUGGGCCAGCGCCACGCCCUCAACCUGCUGCGACUGAUCCCCAACGCGAAGCUCGUGUGUGCGUGCUCACCAGCCAAGGCCGACCUGGAAUGGGCCGAGAAGGAGCUCGUGCCGUACGGCGUGCAGGUCUACGCGGCCUUCGAGGACAUGAUCCAGCAUCCCGGUCUCCAGGCUGUCAUCGUGUCGAGUCUGACAACGCUGCAUUACUACCACACCGUGGAGAGUCUGAAACGAGGAGUGCAUGUCCUCUGCGAGAAGCCGGUGUGCGAGACUGAAGAUGAGCUGAAGCAACUCAUCGAGCUCACGGAAGCAAACCCGGAAAUCCGGUUGAUGGUAGGGUUCACUCGGCGCUUUGAUGCUUCAUACGCCGCCGCGCUGGACCAAGUCCGUUCCGGAGCCAUCGGCAGGCCUGUGACCCUGAGAUUCCAGUCCUGUGAGAAAUACGAUGACUCGCCUUUCAUUCACAGCUACCUCUCCCGCUGCGGUGGCAUCUUCCUCGACUCGGUCGUGCACGACAUCGACCUCAGCCUCAUGUACCUCGGCGACCUCGCCCUCCCCUCGCGCUGCAUCGCCUUCGGCUCCGCCUCCCUGCACCGCCACCUGCGCUCCCCCUCCGACCACGCCUCCCACCGCGGCGACGCCGACAACGCCGUCGGCAUGGUGCAGUUCCACUCCGGCGCCAUCGCCUGGUACUACAACAGCCGCACCGCCGCGGCGGGGUACGACAACGCCUCCGAGAUCUUCGGCGAGCGCGGCAAAUUGUCCGUGAACCUGGUGGCGCGGCGGGAUCGUCUGGAGAUCGCCGACGGAAAAGGCCUGAGCUGUCAGAGUGUCGAGUCGUGGUACGAGCGCUACAGAGAGGCGUUUGUGGUGGAGACGCGCCAUUUUGUGGAGGCCGUGUUGCAGGGGAGGGAGGUGGCGGUGCCGAUCCGGAGCGUGUUGACGGGGUUGAGGAUUGCGUUGGCGCUGCAGGAGAGUUUGGGGAGGGGUGGGGCGGUGGUGAGGUUUGAUGAGAGGGGGGAGAGGAUUGUGGACGAAGAGUCGGCCGCGAAGCUGUGA